GCGGCUUUUUUCCGGUAACGGCGACUCCCGACAGAGAAGGCCGGAAAUUGCUCUGUCAGGGGCCCGGGGGUUGCUCCAGCGCGUGCUGUUCACUGCUUGACCACUGCUUGCUAAGAUCGUGUUUCACUUUCGGGCAAAAGCCUGCUCAAAAUGCAAAGUGAGAACCUGCAACCAGUAAAUUACUAUGUCGGACUUGAUGUUGGCACAGCAAGUGUCCGUGCGGCUUUGGUAGACCAGUUUGGCACGGUCGUGGCUUAUGCAGACCAGCCAAUUCAAAUUUGGGCACCACAACCUGACUAUUAUGAACAAUCCUCUGAUGACAUCUGGGCAGCUUGUUGUAUAGUCACAAAGAAAAUUACCCAAGGGAUAGAUAUUUCCCAGAUUCGAGGACUUGGCUUUGAUGCUACCUGUUCCCUUGUUGUUUUGGAUAGCCAUUUUCAUCCUUUGGCAGUCAACUCUGAAGGAGAACACAAAAGAAACAUCAUCAUGUGGAUGGACCAUCGUGCAGCUAAUCAAGUAGCACGCAUCAAUGAGACGCAGCAUAAUGUGUUGUGCUUCGUUGGUGGUGUGAUGUCAGUUGAGAUGCAGCCACCUAAAUUGCUGUGGAUGAAAGAAAAUUUGCGAGAGUCUUGCUGGGAAAAGGCAGGGUACUUCUUUGAUCUUCCGGAUUUCUUAUCAUGGAAAGCAACAGGUGCCACAGCAAGGUGAUAUUUCUUGAUCGGCGC